UACGUACCCUACCUACUCCGUACCACGUACCUACUCUUCUUCCCAAUUCCUGCUUCUGCCCAUAAUUCCCCGUAACCUACCGCUCCUCUCCACGUCAAACUCUAAAUUCUACCAUCACCACAACAUACCUCCACCCACACCAAAAUGCCCGCCGCGCAAACCCAGAAGAAGCAGCCCAACGGCCUCCGCAAGUCGACAGCAAAGUCGGCCGCCCCAGCUGUGGCGAGGUCGUCGCCCUCGGCCUAUGAGAUCAUGGCCGGCCGCAUUGCCAACCGCGUCGCCGAGUUGGCAGAAAACUACACCUUCGUCGAGCGCCCCAAGCCCCAACCCGCGCAGGCGCCCGACUACAACAACCUCGAGGAGCUCCUCGCCAAGCUGCCCAGCAAGAAGCAGCCGCGCAAGCUCGAGAUCCGUCUGCCCAACAACGGCCAGAAUGACGUAGCCUUUUCGGCGCCCUUCCUGGACAACACCUUGGGCAAGAUGCUGGAGCUGCAAAACCGCAUGCUCCAGGUCGGCAGCGACCUGGCCAAGAACGAAAACAUCGACGAGGCGACCAAGAAGGAGCAAUUUGCCCAGAGCGCCGAGCUUAGUCGCAUCAUUGCUCUUAUUUGUGCCGAGAAGGCGCGGCAGGGUGCUUGAGCCUAGAUGCUGAUUCUGGCAUGUGCAUGAAAGUAUGACGAUUUGGCUUGAGAUGUUUGCUUAGCUGGCGUCUUGGAUAUAGGUUCGGUCGAGUUUUGGGUAACGAUGGUCACGUAUGUACAACAACAUCAAUAUCAAAAUCCAGGUGUCAC